CGUGCUCAUGUUAAUGCUGACGACGAGUUAUGGCAAAUUCUGUCUGCACUUAAAGAAGAAAGCCGAACACCAGGUGUCAUACCGCGAUUGGAGCCUCAGUUCACGAGUAUGAAUCGGAAAGGCAACACGGUGGCUGCAUAUCUCUGCAGCCCAUACACUGACCAUAUUGCCACUGGCUUUAUGGAUCUGGGAUGGGGCUGUGGCUACCGGAAUUGCCAAAUGCUGAUGACGUUUCUGCAACGCCAGCAGGAGGCUGGUGACUACAUCUUACGCCAAGUCGCUGAUAUUUCUGGACUGCAACUUUUGCUGGAAAAAGCAUGGAACCAAGGAUUUGAUACUCAGGGCGCAAAACAGUUGAGCAAUCGAGUGUACAAGACGCGUAAAUGGAUUGGUACAACCGAGGUUUACUGUAUGCUCGUCUAUCUCGGCAUACGCUGCACUAUUCUCGACUUCCACCGACCCUCUGGCCCCAACAAUACACAUGACGCCAUGUUCGACUGGAUUCAGUCCUAUUUUGAAAGCGCAGCACCUACACAGCAACAGGACGAAAACGAAAACAAUGACAGAAACAACCAGGAUAGCAGGAAACGCAAAAUCGUACACAUCACCGAUCGACCGCCGCUCUAUUUGCAACACUCUGGACACAGUCGUACUGUUAUUGGCAUAGAGUUACUAAAGGAUGGCAAGCGCAACUUGAUCAUGUUUGACCCGGGCCGUCGCAUGUUACGGUCGUAU